AUGCGGAGCCGCCGGGGCCUGGGCCAGCCGCGGGCCGGCCUCUGCCUGCUCCUGGCCUCGCUGCAGCUUCUUCCCUGGACGCAGGCCGCAGAACCUGUGGAUGUGUUGAAGGCCCUGGGCCUGCGGGGGGGCCAGGCUGGGGUCCCCGAGGGGCCUGGCUUCUGCCCCCAGAGGGCUCCAGAGGGCGAUCGGGCAUUCAGGGUGGGCGAGGCCAGUGUGCUCAGCGUCCCCACGUGGGAGCUCUUUCCAGAUGGGCACUUUCCUGAGAACUUCUCCGUGUUGAUCACGCUGCGGGGCCAGUCAGCCAAUCAGGCUGUUCUUCUGUCCAUUUACGAUGAGAAGGGUGGCCGGCAGCUGGGCCUGGCACUGGGGCCGUCUCUGAGCCUCCUGGGUGGCCCCUUCAGCCCCCUCCCCCAGCAGGUCAACCUCACAGAUGGCAGGUGGCACCGUGUGGCGGUCAGCAUAGAUGGUGGAAUAGUGACCCUGGUGAUUGACUGUGUGCCUCAGCCCCCUGUGUUGGGCCAGGGGUCUCCAUUCAUCAGCACAGCUGGACUCACCGUACUGGGGACCCAGCACCCCUGGGAAGAGACUUUCAAGGGAGACAUUCAGGAGCUGCUGAUAAGCCUGGAUCCUCAGGCUGCCUUCCAGGCCUGCGAGCAGUACCUCCCUGGCUGUGACAACCUGGACCCCAUAACCACAGGGGCCCCCCAGGGUGGGACAGAAACCCCUCCUCCCCGACGACGCAAGGGGAAGGGAAAAGGGAAGAAAAAAGGGCGAGGUCGCAAGGGAAAGGGCAGGAAAAAGAAGAACAGGGAAGCUUCGACCUUGAGACCACCUCCUGAGAACCAGACCUCCACUGACAUCCCCAAGACAGAGACGGCAGCGCCAAAUCUGCCUCCGACUCCCACGCCUUUGGUCAUCACCACCACUGUGACGAUUGGCCACAAUGUCACCAUCCUAGAGGGGGGCCUGGACCCUGACAAUGGAACUGAACUAGGGGUCCCAGAGACUGAAGCAGCCAGAGGAGAUGAAGAAAGUGGUGACCCCACCCUGAGCCCCGACUUCCGGGCAGCAGAACAGCCAUCUUGGGUUAAUUUCCAGAUCUUUCCUGGCACUGGAAAGAAAGGGGAAAAAGGAGAACCCGCAGUGAUUGAAGAGGGACAGCAGUUUGAGGGACCUGCAGGAGCCCCAGGACCCCGCGGGGUGGUCGGCCCCUCAGGCCCUCCUGGCCCUCCGGGAUUCCCUGGGGACCCAGGUCUACCGGGCCCUGCCGGCCUCCCAGGAAUCCCUGGCAUUGACGGGAUCCAGGGCCUGCCAGGCACUGUGAUCAUGAUGCCGUUCCAGUUUGCAGGUGGCUCCCUCAAGGGACCCCCAGUCUCCUUCCAACAGGCCCAGGCUCAGGCCAUACUGCAACAGGCUCAGCUCUCCAUGAAAGGCCCCCCUGGCCCAGUGGGGCUCACUGGGCGCCCAGGCCCUGUGGGUGUCCCUGGAUAUCCAGGUCUGAAAGGAGAGGCAGGAGUGAUGGGGCCACAGGGUCCCCGAGGCCUACAGGGACCUCAUGGGCCCCCUGGCCGGGAGGGCAAGAUGGGUGUCAUUGGAAUCGAUGGUGCCCCAGGUGCCAAAGGCAAUGUGGGUCCUCCAGGAGAACCAGGUCCUCCAGGACAGCAGGGAAACCAUGGAUCCCAGGGAAUUCCCGGCCCCCAGGGACCCAUUGGCACUCCUGGAGAGAAGGGCACCUCUGGCAACAGGGGCCUCCAGGGAGAGAAAGGCGAGAAGGGAGAGGAUGGCUUCCUGGGCUUCAAGGGUGAUGUGGGGCUCAAAGGUGAUCGGGGACACCCCGGACCCCCAGGUCCCCGGGGAGAGGAUGGCCCUGAGGGGCUGAAGGGGCAGGAGGGACUGGCUGGUGAAGAGGGGCCCCCAGGCUCAGCUGGGGAGAAGGGCAAGCUUGGGGUGCCAGGUCUCCCAGGUUAUCCAGGACGCCCGGGACCUAAGGGAUCGAUUGGAUUUCCUGGGCCCCAGGGACCAUUAGGAGAGAAAGGGAAGCGGGGGAAGGCAGGGCAGCCAGGGCUGGAAGGAGAGCGGGGACCACCAGGCUCCCGUGGAGAGAGGGGGCAACCAGGGGCCACGGGGCAACCAGGCCCCAAGGGAGAUGUGGGCCAGGACGGGGCCCCUGGUAUACCUGGAGAAAAGGGCCUCCCUGGCCUGCAAGGCCCCCCAGGAUUCCCUGGGCCAAAAGGCCCCCCUGGUGUCCAGGGGAAAGAUGGGCUACCAGGGCACCCUGGACAGAGAGGAGAGUUGGGCUUCCAAGGUCAGACAGGCCCACCUGGACCAGCUGGUGUCCUGGGUACUCAGGGAAAGACAGGAGAAGUGGGGCCUCUAGGUGAGAGGGGCCCCCCGGGGCCCCCUGGACCUCCUGGUGAACAAGGUCUUCCAGGCCUGGAAGGCAGAGAAGGGGCCAAGGGGGAACUGGGACCACUUGGGCCUCAUGGAAAGGAGGGGCCACCUGGACCCAGGGGCUUCCCUGGCCCCCAAGGAUCCCCUGGGGAUCUGGGACCUACUGGUUUGAAGGGUGACAAGGGCCCCCCAGGGCCUGUCGGGGCCAAUGGCUCCCCUGGCGAGCGGGGUCCUGUAGGCCCAGCGGGAGGCAUUGGGCUUCCUGGCCAAAGUGGAAACCAAGGCCCUGUUGGCCCUGCAGGCGAGAAGGGGUCUCCGGGAGAGCGUGGCCCCCCUGGUCCCACUGGCAAAGACGGGAUUCCAGGGCCCUUGGGGCUUCUGGGACCCCCUGGAGCUGCUGGGCCUUCUGGCGAGGAAGGCGACAAGGGGGAAGUGGGUGCCCCCGGUCACAAGGGCAGCAAAGGCGAUAAGGGAGACGCGGGCCCACCUGGACCAACAGGGAUACGGGGUCCUGUGGGACACCCAGGUUCCCCAGGAGCAGAUGGGGCUCAGGGACGCCGGGGACCCCCAGGCCUCUUUGGGCAGAAAGGCGAUGAUGGAGUCAGAGGCUUUGUAGGCAUGAUUGGCCCCCCUGGCCUGCAGGGGCUGCCAGGCCCUCCUGGAGAGAAGGGGGAGGUCGGAGACGUAGGGUCCAUGGGUCCCCAUGGAGCUCCAGGUCCUCGGGGUCCCCAGGGCCCCAGCGGAUCAGAGGGCCCUCCAGGGCUCCCUGGAGGAGUUGGUCAGCCAGGUGCUGUGGGCGAGAAGGGUGAGCAAGGGGAAGCUGGAGACCCAGGACCCCCAGGAUCCCCAGGCAUCCCAGGCCCCAAGGGAGAAUUUGGUGAAAAGGGAGACUCAGGCCAAUCUGGGGCUCCUGGACCCCCAGGCAAAAAAGGCCCCCCUGGAGAGGAUGGAGCUAAAGGGAACGUGGGCCCUACAGGGCUCCCCGGAGAUCCAGGGCCCCCAGGAGACCCUGGAGUUUCGGGUAUAGAUGGUCCCCCAGGGGAGAAGGGAGACCCUGGUGAUGUUGGGGGACUGGGUCCACCCGGUGCUUCUGGGGAACCCGGUGCCCCUGGGCCCCCUGGCAAGAGGGGUCCAUCGGGCAACAUGGGUCGAGAAGGCAAAGAGGGAGAGAAAGGUGCCAAGGGGCAGCCAGGUCCUGAUGGGCCCCCAGGGCAGACAGGCCCAGCAGGGGCUCGAGGGCCCCCUGGGCGUGCUGGGCCUGAGGGUCUUCCAGGGAUCCCUGGCCCUGUGGGUGAACCAGGCCUCCUGGGACCCCCUGGACAUAUGGGCCCUCCUGGCCCCCUGGGACCUUCCGGCCUUCCAGGGCUGAAAGGAGAUGCUGGCUUCAAGGGAGAAAAGGGCCACAUCGGAUUAAUUGGCCUCAUCGGCCCCCCUGGGGAGGCUGGAGAGAAAGGGGAUCAGGGGUUGCCAGGCGUGCAGGGGCCCCCUGGCCCCAAGGGAGACCCUGGUCCUCCUGGUCCCAUGGGCUCUCUGGGCCCCCCUGGGCCCUCAGGCGUGGUGGGCCCUCUGGGACAGAAGGGCUCAAAGGGGUCCCCGGGAUCACUUGGUCCCCGUGGAGACACUGGACCUGCAGGCCCCCCUGGUCCCCCCGGUCCCUCUGCAGAGCUGCACGGGCUGCGCCGCCGGCGCUCGGUCCGGGGCCCUGGGGCCCUGGAGGACGGCCUGGAGGAGGUGCUGGCCACGCUCACGUCGCUGAGCUUCGAGCUGGAGCAGCUGCAGCGCCCCCCGGGCACAGCUGAGCGUCCAGGCCUCAUGUGCCACGAGCUGCGCCGCAACCACCCGCACCUGCCCGAUGGGGACUACUGGAUUGAUCCCAACCAGGGCUGCUCUCGGGACGCACUCAAGGUUUUCUGCAACUUCACGGCGGGAGGAGAGACCUGCCUGUACCCCGAUAAGAAGUUCGAGACCGUGAAACUGGCCUCCUGGUCCAAGGAAAAGCCUGGGAACUGGUAUAGCACAUUCCGUCGAGGGAAAAAGUUCUCCUACGUGGACGCCGAUGGCUCCCCAGUGAACGUGGUACAGCUAACCUUCCUGAAAUUGCUGAGCGCCACGGCCCGCCAGAGCUUCACCUACUCCUGCCAGAACUCUGCCGCCUGGCUGGAUGAAGCUGCGGGUGACUACGGCCACUCCCUCCGCUUCCUCGGGGCCAACGGGGAGGAGCUGUCCUUCAACCAGACAGCAGCAGCCACCAUCAGUGUCCCCUAUGAUGGCUGUCGGCUCCGGAAGGGACAGGCGAAGACCGUCUUGGAGUUCAGUUCUUCCCAAGCGGGCUUUCUGCCCCUGUGGGACGUGGCUGCCACUGACUUUGGCCAGACGAACCAGAAGUUUGGGUUUGAAUUGGGCCCUGUCUGCUUUAGCAGCUGAAGUCUCUGGGGUGGGAGGGACAGUGGGGACAGUGAGGGAGCCCCAGACGGGGCAAAUUUGGUGCUGAGGCUUUGAAGCCACCAUAUUUAUCAUCUCUUGUGACUCUGGAACCAGGCAAUGUGUCUGCUCAUCACGGUCAAACAAUAUUCCCUCUCCCUUCCAGGGGGCCUGGAGACUGGACUUCCCUGGCCCAAGGGUCCAGCCUCUGCUCACCCCACCCCACCCCACCCCAGGUGGCAAAACUGUAGUCUGGCUCUUUCUCCCCUCCAUCCGUCCCCAACCCUCAAUUCCCCUCUCCUAAACCCCUGUGCAAUGAGCUUCUAACUCAAAGCAGAUGAAUGCCCCCCACACCUGCCUCCCGACCCCACCAUCAGCACCCUCACACCCUUUGGUGCUACCCUUCCCCAUAGUUAAGCACUGGAUGUCUCCUGAUCCCAAGCUGGGAACCCUUCACUCAUUCCUAUUCCCAGGUGGGUUCACGGUGAAGGGACUGAAGUCAGACUCCAGAGGGAAGAGGGACUUCCCUUGACUGAGCUGUGUGUUUCUUCUGCUGCCUCAGCCCAGCUCUGCAUAAUUCCCUCCCCCCACCCCCCAUUUCCCUAAACUCACCUUGCCAUGCCAGGUGGCUUGGGGACCAAGAUAGUGGGGGUGAAUCAGGAUCCUAAUGGUGCUGCCCUAUUUAUACCUGGGUCUGUAUUAAAAGGGAAAAUCCCCUCUGUUGUAUAUUUAAUCUGCUUCCUCCUUAGGGAAGGCUGGGAUAUGAUGAGAAAGAUUCCGGCACAGCCCCCUUCCCCCACCCCCAGGCCAUAGGGCAUAAUUGCCAUCUCAAAUCUGAGAAUAAAUCAAUGAACUGUG